AUGCUGAAAAGUGGCAGUAGCCCUGGGGAUAAACAGAUAACACCGAUGCUAUUGGAAGACCUACUGGACUCAAUGUGCCAUUUGCCAGCAAAACAAAGUAGAGCCUUUACGGUGUCCCGCUGAUUCCAAACGCUUGUGUGAUGUUUUAUCAGGUUACAAGACCUUGACUGGGAAUAUAGCAAAGUUUAGGGAUCUCGAUUUGUUGCCUAUACAGAUAGAUCUUUCAUGGCUAGAUGAAGGUGACGGAUUAGAGAACACGUUCGUAAGGUGCCAAGGGCGCUGUCACAAAAGUUGCUAUGAUCUCUACGAAGUUGAAACGAGCGGUUGUUGGAAAGUAUACACUGUCAGCUUCGCCUGCAUCUCUCAAUAGUGACGGUACAUGCUUUUUCGUGGAGAGUACACGUAAUAACCCCUUUCACGAUGUCUUAACAUUUGGUUUAGAUGCUCGCGUCAGGAAGUCGGCAACGGCAUUGCAAAAUGAAAAGCUUUUGGCGAAGUUGAGAGCAGGCGACUUAUAAUUGGUAGCACUAGAGACCUAAAUAUCACGCCCCAUGUUUAGCAUCACUAUAUAAAAAGGCUGAGAGAGUCAAAGAGGAAGGCGAAGAAGAUGGGACACGUCCUCGACGACUAGAGGGUAUCGCGCUCGCGGAGCUGGUUUCCAUUAUUGAAAAGUCACGUGAGAAGUAG